AUUCUCUUCUGUAAGAUCUAUAGUGGGGUAUGCCCAUUUUCUCUAGCUAUUUGUUUUGGCCACUUUUUGUUGGCUUGGAAUGCAAGUGAAAAUAAAGUAGUUGUUUUUUUAAUAAUUGUAUAUAGCCUUUAUCCCUGUCACUUUACUCAUUUUUCCUAUGUGUAUAUAAUAGAGAUCACGAGAUUCCUUGUUGGUUCAAGGGUUAUAGGUUUAUGAGAUCACUGCCAUUUUUUUGGCUUUAAAGUUUGAAGUCAUCGAUGGGGUGCAUGCUUUUUCAAAUGAGGGUUAUUUCUAAAGUUGAAGACCACUAUACUAUAGUUUGAUAAUUCUUUUUGUCCCCUCCUCUCUCCUUCACGAGCAUAUCAGUUUUGCUUGUUUAUGAGUCUUGAGCUGCGAUUUGGCUUUGUUGUUGACAAUGUAUUUGCUUGAUUAUCAAGGAUUGUAAAUGUGUCAAUGGGACUAGAGAUGGAGUUGGACUUAGAGAAGAACUGCACAUUAGAUCUGAGUCCUAACACUGUUCUUCCUUCUCCUCGACAAUGUUCAAACAUGGAAAAGAGAUAUCCAAAAGGAAAACCAGGUUGUAAAGAGGAUUUAUUGAGAGCAAAGGAGACCUUUACUGAAAUCAGCUUUCGUCACUACCACAGUGCUUCUUGUAUGAACGUUCCAUGUAGGCCCAAUGGACCAGAAGGCAAUUCUGAGCUGAAGCGAGGUUCCAUUUAUCAAAGCUCUAAAGAGGUAAGGAAAAUGAAAAAAGCAGGCACCCUUUUUUCCUUUAGAAUUGUCGAUUCUCUUUGUAAUUUAGAGGAGGAAAGCCUACUAGAAGAAAAUCCAGUGAUGUCUGUCAGCUCAAACUUGAAAUCAGCAUCCAUUAGAAAACCUUACUUAGAAUCAUGUUCGUCAGAUGGCUUCAUUGAAAUCUGUCUGACUUCAGAUGAUAAAGAUCCAAAUAAUAGAGAAAAACAUUCAGCUGCAACUGUAGGGACAGAUAACAAGGGGGAUGUAAGUUUUGGAUGUGAACCAGUUGACAGUCCUUUACGUGACGGUAACGACCUUGCUGUAAAAGACACAGUUCACAAUCUGCACAAGUCACUCUCUGCUAAGGUCGAAGCCCCUCAUUUACCCUCUUCAUCAGAAAGUGACUGGUCCUCCAGAACAAGCUCAAGGGCCAGAUUUAGUCCUAUUAGAAAGAUGCUUGAUCCAUUCAUGAAAUCAAAGUCUCUGCGAAGUCCUUUGGGUUAUGUAGCAGAAGCUGACAAUAUCAAAACUACUGGGAUGGAAAAUAUGAGAAGAAAUAAGACAUUUCGGAAAUCUUUGAUACAUGACUUCUCACAUUCACCUCAGAAUUCUGAAUUCGACUGCUGCUUUAUCAAUAAAGAUAAUGUUUACUCACCAGUGGCAAGCUCUCCGGUUCACCUACAUGGUCAUCUCAAGUUGGGAGCUAAACAUGGAGUGCCCUUUUUUGAGUUCUCAAUGGAUCAAGCAGAAGAUGUUUUUUUGGCCAAAACAUGGAAGGCAGAUAAUGUUUUCAAUUGGGUAUAUACCUUUCACUCCGUUGGCAAUAGAAAGAAGAGCAAUGCCAAUAUAUGGGGAUUGAAUGAUAGCAACAAAGAUUCUUCAAUUGCUGCGCAGAUGCUAGUUUCCUGCCGUUUGUGCUCAGAAAUUAAAGGUGGUGUUCUUGACAACUCCAUGGUUACAGAGUUUGUUUUGUAUGAUAUUGCACAUGCAAGGCAACUUGUUUCUGUCCAAGGAUCCGCUGAUGUUCAUAAAACCCCUACCUGUUCUAGUCCAGGCUUGGCCACGGGAUGUUAUGAAUCAGAUGGUGCCUCUAAUGCAGUGAAGCCUAAAGAUCACUUAAAUCUUGCUUCUGAUAGUGAUAAGGUUGAAGCCCCAAAUGGAUCAACUCCUCGGCUUCCUGCUGAUUUGCACCUGAACCUUGAAAUUGCAGCCAUAGUCAUUCAAGUACCGUUCAAGAAGAGAGAGAGCUUAAAGUAUAGAAGAGGGGAUAAAAUAGGUGAUAAGAGGCAUUUAAACCUACUCGAUGUCUCUAUGGUUGAAGAAAGUAACAGCAACUUACCUGAUAGAAGGAGCCAAGAAAAGGUGAAGGUGGUUAUUCCAACUGGAAACCAUGGCUUUCCUAGUGCUGAGACCCAGGGACCUUCAUCACUACUGGAUAGGUGGAGGAUGGGUGGAGGCUGUGAUUGUGGUGGUUGGGACAUGGCCUGUCCCCUUGUAGUUUUUGGCAAUCCUAGUAUAAAUUGUUCUGAAGAUCAACCACUGGUGGAUAGUGAGCAGCCUUUUGAACUUUUUCUUCAGGGUGCCAAAGAGAAUACACCAGCAUUGACCAUGACAGCCAUUGAAGGAGGGUAUGCAGUUGAUUUCCAUGCAAAGUUAUCCACGUUACAAGCAUUUUCUAUUUGUGUUGCUAUAUUGCAUGGCACAGAAACCACCGUUGCUGCUGGGGAGGCACAAAGCAAAUAUUUGUCACAAAGCAAUUCACUAAAUGUGUGUAUUGAGGAGGAAGUGAAAUUCUUGAUAGAAGCAGUCACAGAGGAGAAGAAGGAAGUCAGCAAGAAGUUGGAAGCAAUCCCACUGUCCUAUGUGAUUAACCCUCCCUUCUCUCCAAUUGCUCGCAUUUAGACCUGAAACAAUUGGUUAGUUGAAUUGAAAAUGGCCUCUCCACAUGUGUUUUAGCGUGGCUGUCGCUGAAAGCAAAUGAUGAAGGUAUGGAAUGUUAGCACUAAAAAUGGAGAGGCAGUCACGCAUUCUGCCAUUUCAAAUGAGGGUUUCUGUAGGGGAUGUCUAUAUUCAAUGGCAUAGAUCGACAUCUUACUCGUAAACCAGAAAUGUCUGUGUCAAAUGGGUUUACAGAUUGAAAUGCAAGUUUCCACCACAAAUCGAGCGUUACUACACUUGCGUAAGAGUUUCUUCACUGCAAUAUUUGAUUCAUUCUUCACUUCUGUAAUUAUAAUUAGAAUAGAAACAACAUACUGUUCAUAUUGUAACUUGAUAGCAAGGGAAAAGUAGUGAUGUAGCUAAUGAGACAUUUUGGAGAUAGAAAUCUUCUUUCCUUGUA